GAUAAAGAGGCGCUAGGCGGAAUUUGGGGUCCGCUCUAAGCUGCAGCAAGAGAAACAGUGUGUGAGGGGGAAGAGGCCAAUACCAGUAGCCCCGGUCUGUGUAUGUGUCUCUCCUCUCUUUGGGGUUGUGCAUGCAAAGGAAGGGAAAACUGGGACUAAAUAUACUUAUCGCAUUAGUCACCGCUCUUCCUACAGGGAAGGCACACAUUUAUUAAUGCUACCCGGUUGCAUGAGUCGGGGUUUUUUGUUUUGUUUUUUAUUCAGUACCUCUCAACAACCAAAUAAUUAACUGCACAAGCUCCUGAUCACUGACUGCAAAGCCACGAGUCCUGGAGUCCGGUUUUUGUUUUUAUUUUUUUGUUUUUAUUUUGUGUGUGUGUGUGGUGCUGGGCACAGUAGUGGGAGGCUUUACCAGCGCGUGUGCUGUUUUCCUGAAACAUCUUGGGCAGAGAAAAAGCACUUGUGAACUGGAAUCAACUGCUUCGGGGAGGGGAGGGGGGGAAACACUGACAAGAAGAGGGGGAAUUGCAGCAUUUUUAAAGAAACUCUGUUUCUGUUCCACUUUGAGCACUGGCUGCUGCCCCUAAAUUAAUAGAGAGCAAAGGGGGAAGGACUGCACAGAGCGCUGGAGACGAGCCUGUCUGGAUCUACAACUACUUAGCAGAGGGGCUGCGCGCUGGAGAAGGGCUGAGCAUUUCGCUGUGGUUUGGGACUGUUUGAUUCGUUCCCCUUCCUUGUUGUACCUGUUAAAGUUGAGAGCCUUUUUUUUUUACGUUGCAUUGGUGCCGAGCUGAGCCCCGCCGACCUCCCUGCAAGCAGCCGCCGCCGCCGCCGUGUGUGUGAGCCCCAGCGAUGGUGCAGCAGACUAACAACGCGGAGAACACGGAAGCGCUUCUGGCCGGAGAGACCUCGGACUCCGGGGCCGGCAUCGAGCUGGGCAUCGCCUCCUCGCCCACGCCGGGCUCCACCGCUUCCACCGGGGGCAAAGCGGACGACCCGAGCUGGUGCAAGACCCCCAGCGGGCACAUCAAGCGGCCCAUGAACGCCUUCAUGGUGUGGUCCCAGAUCGAGAGGAGGAAGAUCAUGGAGCAGUCCCCGGACAUGCACAACGCCGAGAUCUCCAAGCGCCUGGGCAAGCGCUGGAAGCUGCUCAAGGACAGCGACAAGAUCCCCUUCAUCCGGGAGGCGGAGCGGCUGAGGCUCAAGCACAUGGCGGACUAUCCCGACUACAAGUACCGGCCCAGGAAGAAGGUGAAAUCGGGAAACAGCUCCGCUAAGCCCGGCGAGAAAGGAGACAAGAGCGGCGGGGGCAGCCCUGGCGCCAGCGGGGGCGGCACCGGCAGUGGCAGCAGCUGGGGCAGCACGAACUCCUCCAAGCCCGCCCCGAAGAAGAGCGGCGGCUCCAAGCUCUCCCCCGGCGGCGGCGGCGGCUCCGGGGCCAGCAAGCCGCACGCCAAGGUGAUCCUGGGCAGCAAAGCCGCCCCCUUCCCCGCCGAGCAGCCGGCUCAGGCCGCCCUUCUGCCCCCGGACCACCACUCGCUGUACAAAUCGCGCGGCGGCGCCUCCGGCUCCUGCUCGGCCUCGGGCAAACACCUCUCGGAGAAGAAGCUCAAGCGGGUCUAUGUCUUCGGCACGGGCGGGGGCCACGGGCAGAGCGCGUCCUCCUCCCCCGGGGGCGCCGUGCCGGCCAGCCCGACCCUGAGCUGCUCCACGGAGGCCAGCGACCCUCUGAGCCUGUACGAGGAGGGGGGCGCCGGAGGGUGCCAGCAGGACGGAGACUGCAGCAGCGUCUCCUGCCCUUCCCCGCCGGGCAGCAGCUCCCCCUCCGAUCACCGCAGCUACACCAGCCUGAGGGCCUCUUCCCCGGCCCCCUCCACCUCCCAUUCCUCCUCGGCUUCCUCCCAUUCCUCCUCCUCCUCCUCGGGCUCCUCUUCCUCGGACGACGAGUUUGAAGACGACCUGUUGGACCUGAACCCCAGCCCCGGGUUUGAGAGCAUGUCCCUGGGCAGCUUCGGUUCGUCGGUGCUGGACCGGGACCUAGAUUUUAACUUCGAGCCUGGCUCGGGCUCGCAUUUUGAGUUCCCGGACUACUGUACCCCGGAGGUAAGUGAGAUGAUCUCAGGGGACUGGCUGGAGUCCAGCAUUUCAAACCUGGUCUUCACUUACUGAAGAAAAUAAAUAAAUGCCGGGGAAGACGUAGACAUACACUAUUGAGAGGACUCGCCCACGCUCUUGGGUGUAUCUUUUUUCCUUGGAGGGGCAGAUGAAACUGACUUGCUGUGCUUUUAAAAACCCGAGAUGAUAAAAGGGAUCAUUCUUUAAAAAAAAAAAAUAGACACACGCUCGCUCCCUUCCUCUGCUUGGAGAUAGACACACACACACACACAUCCCCCCACGCCCCUUCCGAUGCCUGAUGUUAAUUUUUAGACACUGGCGGGAGUGAUUUUUUUUGAGAGCGAGAGAGAGAAGGGGAAAAACCACACACACCUCUGGGUUUUGAUUUUUUUUUAUCCACUCUAUGUGAAGAAGAAGGGGGAGUGAUACAUUGUGCUGAGUGCAUUGGAGAUCUCGAGUAUUUUGUUCUGAGAGAUGAGAACUGUUUAAAAAAAAGACUGCAGGGUUUACAUAGUGUGGGGGAUGGGAAGGGAAUCCUAUUCCGAUUUUUUUCCUGCGGCAAGAGGAGAUGAAGAUAAUAGGAGGCGGAAAGGGCGAAUUGAGCUAGAAACUGAACUGAGAUCCUAGUUGGACAGAGAAAAGGAAGGGGGUUGGGAAUUUUUUUUUUGCCUUUUUUUUAAAGAUGAACUGGAAACACGACUAGAGGAAGAUAAUAAACUGAAAUGCAUUUGCACGUAUAGAGGAGAAGGUGGCAGCGCUUUUCUCAGUCACCUUAUUAUAUAGAGAGAAAUCAAUCAAUAAAAUGGAACUUCACGAACACGGAAAACUUUUUGAAACGGAGACAGAUACAAAACAGUUUCUCUAAUGAUGUGGUACAGGGGAAAUGGAGGGAGGGCGAUUGCUUUUGCAAAAACAAAAAAUUGUUUUUCUUCUUACUCAGAAUCGUGAUGGUGUUGGAUUAUUUCACUGGUGGGGUUUAAUAUAGCAUGUUAUCCUGUCUAUCUUUUUAAGAUUUCUGUAAGACUGUUGAACAGUUUAAAAAAUAGUGUUAGGAUACUAUAAAAGCAGAUAGAUGGCGCUAUGUUUGAUUCCUACAAAAAUCACCAGCUUUUUUUUCAUUCUUAACUCUUUAAAGGAUUCAAACGCAACUCAAAUCUGUGCUGGACUUAAAAAAAAAAAUCAGGACCAAAUUUUUUCUCAGAGUAUGUAUGUGUUCCUUAUAGCUGUAAAUGAAAAGACUGUUUUUUCUCACCGAUGCUCUUUCCUUUAUUGUUUUUUCCUUGUAAAUGUAAUCGGAUGCCAUUUUAUAAGUGGAUGUAUUUAUACUGGCCAAACAUUUUUGACUUGUAUUUCUUUGUCCUUUUUUGGUAGUCCUCGUUGUUACUCGCACCAUUUUUAUGUCUCCUUCACUGAAGGGCUAGAGUUUUAACUUUUAAUUUUUUAUAUUUAAAUGUAGACUUUUGACACUUUUAAAAACAAAAGAGAAGAGAGAUGAAAACGUUUGAUUAUUUUCUCAGUGUAUUUUUGUAAAAAAUAUAUAACGGGGGUGUAAAUCGGUGUAAAUCGCUGUUUGGAUUUCCUGAUUAUACUUACAGGGCCGCUGGUUAAUGUCUCACCCAUACACACAAAAAUCAGCCCCUAUUUUCUCCAUGUUUACACUCCAAUCUGCAGGCUUCUUAAAGUGACAGUAUCCCUUAUACAUACCACCAGUGCCCAGUGUUUAAUCUCAUUGAUUUCUGUGAGGGGGGAGGGGGAAGAAUAAACGUAAUACACUGUCUCCUAACUUUAAAAAAAAUCCCAUAAUUAAGUACAACCAUAUAUCAUUCAGGCGCUUUAAAGCAACUGGUGCAUUUGCAGAAAAAAGGGAUCCUGUACCUUUAAUUUGUAAACCACAUCUUUUGCACUUUUUUUUUAGAAGCAAAAAACGUGCCGUUUAAACCACUGGAUCUAUCUAAAUGCCGAUUUGAGUUCGCGACACUAUGUACUGCGUUUUUCAUUCUUGUAUUUGACUAUUUAAUCCUUUCUACUUGUCGCUAAAUAUAAUUGUUUUAGUCUCUUAUGGCAUGAUGAUAGCAUAUGUAUUCAGGUUUAUAGCUGUUGUGUUUAAGAUGAAAAAAGUGAAAACAUCUUUGUACAUUUAAGUCUGUAUUAUAAUAAGAAAAAAAGAGGAUUGUGUGUUUAUGUAUGUUAAUAUAACAUGACAGGCACUAGGACGUCUGCCUAAUGAGGUGGUUCCGUUAAGGGUUUUUUGUUUUGUUUUUUGGUCAUCCAUCCUGUGCAAUAUGCUGUGUAGAAUAUUUUUGUCUAACGAUCACCCCACAACACAACGUUGGGAAAGAGGAGAAAAAAAAUCAUGCCAGCUAAUCAUGUCCAGUUCACUGCCUGUCAGAUUUUGAUAUACCUUCUGUAAAUAUUUUUUUUGAGAAGGAAAUAAAAUCAGCUGGAACUGAACCCUAAA